UGUUUAAUAAUAAUUCAUCGAAUCAGUGCCGGAUAUUCCGUUCACCUCCCGAACAUGAGUCACUCGAUACGUCCUUUCACGUGUUACUUUUGCAACAAACUAAUCGAAAACGAGAGUCAAAUCGGUCAUUCCACGUUAUGUUCCAAAGUACUGAUUCCUUGCCCCCACAAGUGCGGAUCCUACAUCGAAAGGGUAAACCUGCCCAAACACAUUACGGAAUGUCGAAUGAAUAUCGGUAAAUCUGUAAGUAAUCAACAAAAUACGAGUACCACAGAAACCAACUCACUAGACAGGCGUGCAAAUUCAGAAAAACAAAAAAUCCAAAACGAAAUCGUCAAUUUAAGAAGACGAUUUUCUGAGUUAGAGUCAAAAUUGGCCACAUCGUCUGGCUCCAGUCCAUCAGUCACACUGGAUACACAGUUGGAGGAAGUUAAAGAUACUUUGAGGAAACACGGAUUGUCACUGGAAAAGUUUAAUUUUUUCAAUGGCUACGUCAUUAAUUGGAAAAAGAGCGUUGAUUCUCAGAUGACUGCAAUAAACGACAGACUUAAAACGAUCGAUGCCAUAAAACAGGAAUUAACCAACCAAUGGACGUACGUCCGAGAAAAGCUUCAGCCACUUCAAAACAUGCACUUGGACAUAACCAUGUUGAAAGAGUCCCUGUAUCAGGAAAACGUCCGCUGCAAAAACGGCGAGUUCAAUUUGAAUUCGAAAAUUGACGAAUUGAGAACCGCUCUCGUUCAGCAUGAAAUUACUUUAAGACGCCCUAAAAAAUUUUCUAAACAAAUUUUCGAAAAAAACCUGAAAGAAUUCCAACGCAUUAGACAGGACGUCGAUGAACAAAAGGCGAAGUUAGCGGGUUUUGUGUUUGACUUACGUUCGGUGAGUCAAAUAUCUUCGGAGGCGGAGGAAAAAGUGGAAAUCAUGGAGCGGGAGUUCGGUUUGCUCAGACAGGAGGUUAAUCAGACAAAAGUCAAUUUGGAAAUAUUGGAAGAAACCAACUAUAUCCAGAAUGCUUCUCACGAAAGACUUAUUUGGCGAGUAACAGAGGUCGAAUCCAAACUGAAACGAGCAAAAGAAAAUGAUAUCGUGUUAAAAGGGCCUGUCUUUUAUACACAUCGUUAUGGAUAUAAAAUAAGGGUAUUACUUUAUUUAAAUGGCCUUCAAAAGUGGAAGGAUAGAUAUGCAUUGGCGUGCAUUCACGUCCUCAAAGGAGAAUAUGAUCCUUUAUUAGCAUGGCCAUGCGCUAUCGAUGCCUCUAUUACUUUAAGGAGUUUGAACGCGGAUAAAUCGGUGACGAAAUUUAUCAAAACCAAGAAAUCGUCCGGUGACGAGGAAGAAGACGAACCGCAAGAAUCUUCCCAGUCGUAUAUUUUCAUACCGCAUUCGGUGUUAUUUAAGGAAAAUUUCGUGAAAAACGACACGUUUUUCCUCGAUAUUUCUAUAAGAAAUAGUGAGAUUUUUAGGCAGGAAACGAACUUGUGACGGUUUUAGUGAUGACGGAAUAGCUGGAGUAAUUUAUUCCAACCCUAUUCGCCCUUUUCAAUUUCGUAUUAAAAAAAAGAAAAGAAGGAAGUAGUAGCAGAAGAGGGGGGGAACGGAGCUUUAAAUUUAGUUAUAGUACGUGGCCUAAGAACAAAAUAAAGAAACUUGUUUUUUUU